AGAAGGAACAGGAGCAGGAGCAGGAGCAGGAGAUGGAAGGACUGUCAUGAUGAAGUAUCAAGAUCUGCGAGAGGUUCGUCAGGUCCAUCAGUUCCUUCUCAACUGCAGGCUGGAGAAGGUCAUGGAGACUUGGAAAGAGGAGGAAGAAGAAGUUUGGAGGGUUCGUGAAAACAUCUCCAAGAAGAUCUUUGAAGCAAGAUCCCGCAACCGAGCUAUGCUCUCCUCGCUACAGGCAGAAAUCCAGAGGAAAUUGAAAGAGAUGAGCUACAAAAUCAAAACUGAGGUCAUCGACGAAAAAUCUGGAUACAGCAUCGACAUUGUCAUCCGGUCUGGCGAAGGAGUCGACGAAGAGCAUCCGAUUGCCGUGGAGGUUGAUGGGCCCGGUCACUACAUGCGACCAGGCCUACGAGAGCUGGUUGGGGGAACUAAGAUGAAGACAAGGCACUUGUGCCGGCUCGGAUGGAAGGUGGUUGCGAUACCCUACUGGGAGUGGAACGAGGCGAGAGAUGCGGGGGAGGAGGAGCGAUACCUUUCCCAGAGGAUCGCAGCGGCAGCAUCGUCACCAUGACAACAAGCGUAUCCACUACAAUUUUAAACACAAACUACAAGAAUCUCCCUGGUC